AUGUGUAAACAUAUAUUAAAUGCACAAGUUUCAAUUAGAGCAUCUUGUUGUAAGAGAUGGUUCGAUUGUCCCGAAUGUCACCAAGAGGCAUCGGAUCACCCACUGAGAAGAACGGAAGAGAUCGUUCUAGCCUGUAAAAAGUGUAAAAAAGUAUUUAGAAAGAACACCUCUGCCGAGAUGGACGAGUCUGACGAGUAUUGUCCGCAUUGCGAUAACCACUAUGUGCUGGACGCGAAAACCAAAGAGAAGAAACUGGUCGUUGAAUUCCAAGGUUCAAAAGAUGUUUUAGAUAAGAGAAUGAAAUUAAGAAGUCAGAUAUUAGGUUUAGAUGACGAUGAUGAAGAGAGAUUAGGUUAG